UUCUUUGGUGUCGUCCACGGCAGGCUGCCUCCACACGCACGCAAGCACACACACACACACACCCGCUCCUUCACUCAGCACUGCAACCUGUUUCACUGCUGAGGUUUAAAAUGAGGUGGGAGUUGUUUUCUCUCCAGCUUUGACAGCUCCAUUCUCACUCUAGGCUUCAUGAGCAGUCUCAGCAGCAGCAGCAGCAGCGCUGGGAAAUCUCUUUGCCACCAGCAGAUUUGCCAUGUAAAUGUCAUAAAUGGACAUUUCUCUCUCUGCUCCAGCAUCUUGGGUCCUGUUCACAGAUAUUAAGAUUAAGGAGCUUGGAUUCUCUGAGGCUCGCAUCCAAAGGCAUCGGCUGUUAACAUACUGAGCUACAUCUGCUUCUUGGCUAAGGCUGAAGAAAGACAUCUUAAGCCUGGAAAUCCUGCCUGUGCUUGCUCUCUAGCACAAGCCCGCGCGCACACACACACGAAGCGCAAGAAACAUAUGCUGCAGCAGGUUCUUUUUCUCAUUCCAAAAGGCUGCUUCACUUUCCCAGUUUCAGUGACAAGAUAAUGAAGUAAAAGUCUCCCAUCUCCAAGGAGGAAAAUUACAGGAAUCAGCUGCUGAACAGAAGGGGCAAGUUAAACCGUCACACUAGAGGCGGAAGGACACAGGUUGAGAAUUAAGAACCGAAAUUAAAGGAAACAGGUGGAAAGGCUGUGACACACUUGCUCAUUCAGACUUUACAGCAUCCUUCAUUUUCCUCUGACUAUUUAUUUUUGUCAUUCAGCAAUUCUAGCUUGCUUCUUUUUUUCCUGCUCCGGCUGCUGCUUGCUGCUAGCACUGUUGCUGCUACUAACAGAAACGUGUUAACAAAGCUGAAAGAGAAAAAAUGCCAGCCAUCCUGGUAGCCUCCAAAAUGAAAUCUGGACUACCUAAACCUGUCCACAGUGCUACUCCUAUUGUUCAUGUUCCGGCAGCAAGAACCAUCCCACAGCCCUGUUACCUGAAGUUUGGAAGCAAGGUGGAGGUGAACAAACCCUCCUAUUCCAGCCAGAUCCCCCUCAAAUCUCCUAAUGGUCAUGAGAAUGCAGGCGAUGGGUUCCCUCCAAAGAAGAGCAGCUCCAUAGAAAAUGGCUUUGACACACAGAUUUAUACAGAUUGGGCCAAUCACUAUCUAGCAAAAUCCGGCCAUAAACGCUUGAUAAAGGACCUGCAGCAAGAUGUGACCGAUGGAGUUUUAUUGGCUGAAAUCAUCCAGGUUGUAGCAAAUGAGAAGAUUGAAGACAUCAAUGGCUGUCCAAAGAAUAGAUCUCAAAUGAUUGAAAACAUAGAUGCGUGCCUGAGUUUUUUGGCUGCCAAAGGAAUAAACAUACAGGGAUUGUCGGCAGAAGAAAUCCGGAAUGGGAAUUUAAAGGCCAUCUUGGGCCUUUUCUUCAGUCUGUCACGGUACAAGCAGCAGCAACAGCAGCCCCCCAAACAACAUUCACAGCAUCAUCCAUCCCAGCAACCUCUCACAUCACCCCAGCAAGUAGGGCCUCAAUCCCAGUUCCAGGUUGGGCUACAGGAGCAGCAGCAGGGGCCAGCUUCUCCCCAGGCACAGUGCCAACAACCCCAGCAAGCACCACAUCUUCAGUUAAAAGCACAACCAGAAAUGCAGUCCAGUGCAUCAUCCAGGGACUCAUCUCAAAGCAAAAUCAUCCGCUUCACUCUCGGUCAGAAAAAGACUUCUAGACUUCCAGGUCCUACCACGAGGAUUUCAGCUGCAGGCAGCGAGGCAAAAACUCGUGGGUCAGCUAGUGCCAGCAACCGGCGUAGCCAGAGCUUUAACAACUAUGACAAAUCCAAACCUACAAGCCCACCAUCCCUUCUAUCAAACAGCAAUGAGAAAGAGCCAGCAGACAAUUUAACUCCCCAGCCCACAGGAAUGAAUGAAAAUGCACCAUCUUCAGUUCAAAGCAGCAGUAGCAACAAUGCUGCCAGUUGCAAUAACUCUUCAGCUAUCCCUCAACCCAGCUCUGCAGUCAAACCCUGGCGCAGCAAGUCACUCAGUGCUAAGCACACAGCCACAUCUUCCAUAUUAUCAGUGAAGCAGCAGGUUCAAGAGUCUCCAAAGCCCCCUUCAGAGAUGGUCAAAACAACUGCCAAUGGUCAGAAGUCCAUGCUUGAGAAACUGAAACUCUUUAAUACAAAAGGUGGCUCCAAAGCAGGGGGGUCAUCCCUUGAAGGUCCAGGGUCUCGGGACACUAGUUGUGAAAGACUAGAAGCCCUUCCUAGCUUUGAGGAAGGUGAAGAGAUGGAUGCUGCGAAUCGGAAUGUGAACAAUCCAGGACCAACAUCUAAUAGUCCCAAAAUUGCACUCAAGGGAAUUGCACAAAGAACUUUUAGCCGGGCGCUGACCAAUAAGAAGAAUUCCCCAAAGGGCAGUGAGAAAGAAAAAGAGAAGCAGAAAGAUAAGGAAAAGGAGAAAAGCAAAGACGUUGCAAAGAGAACAUCUGUAACAGAGAAAGCAGAGGUAAAAGAGGAGCCAAAAGAUGAACAAACCCUACCAGCUACAACAGAGAUGCCAAAAAAGUCCUCCAAGAUUGCAAGCUUUAUCCCUAAAGGAGGAAAGCUGAAUAGUGCCAAGAAGGAGGUCUCUGCCCCUUCCCACAGUGGAAUACCAAAACCAGGGAUGAAAAACACCACAGGGAAACCCUCAAGUGCCCCAAUAUGUUCUGCAAAGGAAGGCGAGAGAAGCCGCAGUGGGAAGCCAGCUUCAGGCCUCUCUCAUCAGAAGCCCCAACUAGACAGCAGGAAUUCCAGUUCCACCUCAAGUUUGACCUCCUCUGAAGGGAGAGGAAUAGGGGGCAUGUCUGCAAUGAGUACUAGCAGCAGCACCCAGGCUGUCAAUGGCCCAACCAGUAGUACCACACAGACCACAGGAAGCAAUACUGUGAGUGUUCAGCUACCUCAUCCACAACAGCAAUACAACCACCCGAACACUGCCACAGUAGCCCCAUUCAUGUACAGAUCACAGACAGACAAUGAAGGGAAUGUAGCAGCUGAGCCCAGCACUGGAGGAGUGAGCAUGGAUUCUGCUCCUUACACGAAAACUGGACAGCCUAUUCUAGAAGAUCUUUCUGGGGAAGAUCCAGAAACUCGCCGACUGCGAACUGUCAAGAAUAUAGCUGAUCUUCGACAAAACUUAGAAGAAACCAUGUCUAGCUUACGAGGAACCCAGGUUUCUCACAGCACACUGGAGACCACCUUUGAUACCAAUGUCACCACUGAAAUAAGCGGCCGCAGUAUUCUCAGCUUGACGGGAAGGCCGACACCCUUAUCUUGGAGACUUGGGCAGUCCAGUCCCCGUCUUCAGGCAGGCGAUGCUCCAUCAGUGGGUAAUGGAUAUCCUCCAAGAGCCAACGCCAGCCGGUUUAUCAAUGCAGAAUCUGGGCGUUACAUGUAUUCAGCGCCUUUGAGAAGACAGCUAGCAUCUCGGGGCAGUAAUGCUUGUCAUGUGGACAUCUCAGACAAAGGAGGCGAUGAAAUAGAUCUUGAAGGCAUUAACAUGGAUGCCACAGGCUAUAUGAGUGAUGGCGAUGUUCUGGGCAAGAAUAUAAGGACUGAUGACAUUACAAGCGGGUCUUCCCUCCAAGGAUCAGACUCCUGGCCAUCUUCUUUGCCUUCGCUGAACUAUUUUGAUUUGUCUACAUGCUUCUUCAGGUACAUGACUGAUGGUGGCUUGGGCCUUUACACUCGCAGAUUAAAUCGACUUCCGGAUGGGAUGGCUGCUGUACGGGAAACUCUGCAACGCAACACCUCACUGGGUCUGGGCGAUGCAGACAGUUGGGAUGACAGCAGUUCUGUCAGCAGUGGGAUCAGUGAUACCAUAGAUAACCUCAGCACCGAUGACAUUAACACAAGCUCCUCCAUCAGCUCCUAUGCCAACACACCUGCAUCCUCCCGUAAGAACCUAGAUUCCCAGACUGAUGCUGAAAAGCAUUCCCAGGUAGAGAGGAAUUCCUUGUGGUCUGGUGAUGAAAUUAAGAAAUCAGAUGGAGGCUCAGACAGUGGUGUAAAGAUGGAGCCUGGAUCUAAAUGGAGACGGAAUCCUUCUGAUGUGUCUGAUGAAUCUGAUAAAAGCACUUCUGGGAGGAAGAACACAGUCAUUUCACAGACAGGCUCCUGGAGACGAGGCAUGUCUGCUCAGGUUGGCAUUACCACACCAAGGACAAAGACGUCCGCCACCUCAGGAACAUUGAAGACACCUGGAACAGGGAAAACCGAUGAUGCCAAGGUAUCAGAAAAGGGUAGAAUUUCUCCUAAAUCGGGGCAUGUUAAACGCUCCCCAUCCGAUGCAGGACGUAGCAGUGGUGAUGAAUCGAAAAAACCUCCUGCAAAUAAUUCUAGAACAGCUGUUGCUAAUACAAAUACUUUUGGAUUUAAAAAACAGAGUGGGUCAGCUGUCGGGAUGACCAUGAUAACAGCCAGUGGUGCCACUAUCACCAGUAGAUCAGCUACUCUGGGCAAAAUCCCCAAAUCAUCUGGACUGAUGGGUAGAUCCAGUGGUCGAAAGACUAGUGUUGAUGGCUCACAGAAUCAGGACGAUGGUUACAUAGCCAUUAGUACCCGAACAAAUCUUCAGUACCGGAGUUUACCCAGGCCCAGCAAAUCUAGCAGCAGAAGUGGAGCUGGCAAUAGAUCUAGCACCAGCAGCAUAGACUCCAACAUCAGCAGCAAGUCUGCAGGCUUGCCUGUUCCUAAAAUGAGAGAACCAGCUAAAAUUUCCCUUGGAAGCUCUCUGCCAGGCUUAGUCAACCAGACAGAUAAGGAGAAAGGGAUUUCAUCCGACAAUGAAAGUGUGGUCUCUUGUAAUUCUGUUAAAGUGAACCCCGCAUCCCAGGCAACUUCUAGUGCGUCCCAGAGUGCUCUCCAGCAAGGAGUCAAGUACCCAGAUGUGGCCUCUCCCACUUUGCGUCGACUUUUUGGUGGAAAGCCAAAUAAACAAGCUCCCAUCACUACAGCAGAAAGCAUGAAAAAUUCAGUGGUUAUAUCCAACCCUCAUGCAACCAUGAACCAACAAGGGAACCCGGAUUCUCCCUCUGGCAGUGGCAUCCUGAGCAGUGGUGGUAGUAGUCCCCUUUACAGUAAAAACGCAGACAUGAACCAAUCUCCAUUAGCAUCUAGUCCCAGUUCAGCUCAUUCGGCUCCUUCCAACAGUUUAACCUGGGGUACUAAUGCCAGUAGUUCUUCUGCCGUCAGCAAGGAUGGCAUUGGAUACCAGUCUGUCAGCAGCCUGCACACCAGCUGUGAAUCCAUUGAUAUUUCUCUCAGCAGUGGAGGUGGGCUGAGUCAUCACUCUUCCAGUGGCUUGACUGCAGCUUCUAAAGAUGACUCCUUGACUCCUUUUGUUAGAACCAACAGUGUUAAGACAACAUUGUCGGAAAGCCCUCUCUCUUCCCCUGCUGCUAGUCCCAAAUUCUGCCGAAAUACUUUGCCCAGGAGGCAGGACAGCGACCCACAUCUUGAUAGGAACACUUUGCCUAAGAAAGGACUCAGGUAUACGCCAUCCUCACAACUUCGCAAUCAAGAAGAGGCAAAAGAAUGGCUGCGCUCACACUCUGCAGGAGGCCUUCAAGAUACAGUUGUCAGUUCUCCAUUCUCCUCUGGCUCCAGCAUAACAUCACCUUCUGGGACUAGAUUUAACUUCUCCCAGCUUGCAAGCCCCACUACAGCAGCCCAGAUGAGCUUGUCAAAUCCAACCAUGCUGCGGACGCACAGUCUUUCUAAUGCGGAUGGCCCGUAUGAUCCUUACAGUGACACCCGGUUCCGGAACAGCUCAAUGUCACUGGAUGAAAAGAGCAGGACAAUGAGCCGUUCUGGGUCAUUCCGGGAUGGCUUUGAGGAGGUGCAUGGGUCCUCUCUCUCUCUGGUUUCCAGCACAUCGUCUAUUUAUUCAACGCCUGAAGAAAAAUGUCAGUCAGAGAUCCGCAAGUUAAGAAGGGAGUUGGAUGCAUCUCAGGAGAAGGUCUCAGCUCUAACAACACAGUUGUCUGCCAAUGCUCACCUUGUGGCAGCGUUUGAACAGAGCCUGGGAAACAUGACCAUUAGACUGCAAAGCCUUACCAUGACUGCCGAACAGAAGGAUUCAGAACUGAAUGAGUUAAGGAAAACCAUCGAGCUGCUGAAGAAACAAAAUGCUGCUGCUCAGGCUGCCAUUAAUGGAGUAAUUAACACACCUGAGCUCGCCUGUAAAGGAAGUGGGACUUCCCAAACAACUGAUUUGCGGAUCCGAAGACAGCACUCUUCAGACAGUGUCUCUAGCAUUAAUAGUGCUACAAGUCACUCCAGUGUGGGAAGCAACAUAGAAUGUGACUCUAAGAAAAAGAAAAGAAAGAACUGGUUGCGCAGCUCCUUUAAACAAGCUUUUGGUAAAAAAAAAUCACCCAAGUCAGCAUCUUCUCAUUCAGAUAUUGAGGAAAUGACAGAUUAUUCUUUGCCUUCAUCACCAAAACUGCCUCACAAUGGCUCAGUCUCCACACCAUUACUGAGAACUUCACAUUCCAAUUCUCUGAUUUCGGAAUGCACUGAUAGCGAAGCUGAAACAGUCAUGCAGCUGCGAAAUGAGCUGAGAGACAAAGAAAUGAAGCUUACUGAUAUCCGCUUGGAAGCUCUGAGUUCUGCCCACCAGCUUGACCAGCUCCGGGAGGCCAUGAACAGGAUGCAGAGUGAGAUUGAGAAACUGAAAGCAGAAAAUGACCGGCUGAAGUCUGAAAAUCAAGGCAGCUGCAGCAGGGCCCAGUCUCAGGUUUCCAUUUCAUCUUCUCCCAGGCAGUCUUUGGGUCUCUCACAGCACAGCCUGAACCUUGCAGAGUCAGCUAGUCUUGACAUACUGCUGGAUGAUCCUGGUGAUGGUACUUCUCGGAAAGAAGGAGGCAGACAUGUUAAGAUAGUUGUCAACUUUCAGGAUGAAGUUAAAUGGAAAGAAGAUUCUAGGCCUCGCCUCUUCCUCAUUGGCUGUAUUGGAGUCAGUGGAAAAACCAAAUGGGAUGUACUGGAUGGUGUUGUUAGACGUCUGUUUAAGGAAUACAUAAUCCAUGUAGAUCCUGUGAGUCAGCUAGGGUUGAAUUCAGACAGCGUCCUGGGAUACAGCAUUGGGGAAAUCAUACGCACAAAUAGCGCAGAGACACCUGAGCUGCUGCCCUGUGGCUAUCUGGUUGGUGAAAACAACACCAUCUCCGUUACUAUCAAAGGUAUUGCAGAGCAUAGUUUGGACUGUCUGGUGUUUGAGUCCCUGAUCCCAAAGCCUAUACUACAGCGCUAUGUGUCACUCCUGAUGGAACACAGAAGAAUCAUUUUAUCUGGUCCAAGUGGCACAGGAAAGACGUACUUAGCCAAUCGUCUGUCAGAGUACAUGGUGCUUAGAGAGGGCAGGGAGCUGGCUGAUGGCGCUAUUGCAACAUUUAAUGUAGAUCAUAAGUCCAGUAAGGAACUCCGCCAGUAUCUUUCCAACCUUGCUGACCAAUGCAACAGUGAAAACAAUGCUGUGGAGAUGCCUCUUGUGAUCAUUCUGGAUAAUCUGCACCAUGUUAGCUCCCUGGGAGAGAUCUUCAAUGGGCUCUUGAACUGCAAGUACCACAAAUGUCCUUACAUUAUUGGAACCAUGAACCAAGCAACUUCCUCAACACCUAACCUUCAGCUCCACCACAACUUCAGAUGGGUGCUAUGUGCCAACCACACUGAGCCAGUCAAGGGCUUUCUUGGUCGUUUUUUGAGAAGAAAACUCAUUGAAACAGAGAUCGGUGGCAGGAUGAGAAAUGCGGAACUAAUUAAAAUCAUCGACUGGAUUCCAAAGGUCUGGCAACAUCUCAACAAGUUCUUGGAGGCUCACAGUUCUUCAGAUGUUACUAUUGGUCCACGACUAUUCCUCUCUUGUCCUAUAGAUGUGGAUGGUUCUAGAGUUUGGUUUACUGACCUCUGGAAUUACUCCAUUGUUCCAUAUCUUCUUGAGGCUGUCAGAGAAGGCCUACAGCUGUAUGGAAGAAGAGCACCUUGGGAGGACCCUGCCAAAUGGGUAAUGGACACUUAUCCAUGGGCAGCCACUCCACAACACCAUGAAUGGCCUCCUCUGCUACAGCUGCGGCCAGAAGAUGUUGGAUUCGAUGGUUAUUCCAUGCCACGGGAAGGCUCAACUAGCAAGCAAGUUCCACCCAGUGAUGCUGAAGGAGAUCCUCUGAUGAACAUGCUUAUGAGAUUGCAAGAGGCAGCCAACUAUUCGAGCCCCCAGAGUUAUGACAGUGACUCCAACAGCAAUAGCCAUCACGAUGACAUCCUGGACUCAUCCCUGGAGUCAACGUUGUGAUAUGAAACCAGCGGAACUUAUCAUGUCCCAUUGUUCGUCUCCUGCUUCGAGUCACCACCCCAUGAGGACAACUGGUCUUUGGUCCAGAUGGACAUCUCAGUAUUAGAGCUGCAAGAACAAUACAAACUUAUUCUGCUCCUUUCCCCACCCCGCAUCAGUCUUGAAUAUGGGUGCAGGCAACCCAGUUGAUGUUUUUUGUAUUGUGUUUGUAUUUUUUCCUUAAUAAGAACUGCACUACUUUGUUUUUUUGUUCUUUUGACAUUGCUGUGAGCUCACAUGCCUAAGACACUGAAUACAUUUCCUCCCCAUAAAAACAAUAAUAUUAGUCAUAGUAAUUUCUGGGGUGGGGUGAGGGGGGAGAAAAGAACAAGCUUGCCUUCAAAUUUAUGGAAUGAGACAGCUUUGUGCCAUGUACUGUCCAGAAAGGGAGGAAAGUGGGUAGAUCUUGCCGCCACUGCUGCUGACCAAACUCAUUCAGUGAUCGCUGGAUUUUUGCAAGUCAUGUUUGCAGGCUAACCUCAGCCACAUAUAGUUAUGGUGCUAUAGCAUAACUGCUUGCCUUGGUGAUAAUAUUCCAUAAAAGGCAAAGAGUUGCAAAACAGGGAAAUCUAAAUAUUCAAACAGAUAUGCAUACCUUGAAAAACAAAACAAAAAGUCUGUUCCCCCUGCCAGUUUGACACCCUGACAUUCUAUAUUAUGAUUUUUACCUCGUUUACAUGGAUAUCAACAAUAGGCUCUCCACCAAGCACAUUCAGUGUUAACUUUCAGUGAAGUAAAAGAAAGGUGGUGCCACAGUAGCGUUUUGUGGACUAUGGCCAUUCUGGCUGGGAUCCAAAGAGCAUGCAUAUCGGAGAAGCCCAUGUUUGCAGACCAUGUUUUGUUUCAACCUUUUCCUGCAGCAGAUCCCACUGCUGAGUAGGCAAGUCUCUGUUAAAGCCAGAGAGCAGUUUGUUUCUUCAGUUCUAGAACCUGCUGCAGUAAAAAGUGAAAGCUCUGUUGUAGGCAUGGUGUCUCUUCCAUAUGUGCAUAUUCCUCUUUGCCUGUCAGACCUGUCUGUGAAUAUAUGACCCUAACAUAUUUUUCAAAAAUCGGUUCCAAGUUUUUGGAACACCAUGUAGGGUCACCAAUACUUUUACAAAAUUUUAAGGAGGCCCAAGAACUCAUGGAAUGAGUUUCAUGGUUCUUUGGGCCCUGCCAGUGUUUCUGGAAGUCAAAAAUAUAAUCAGUCUGUAUCUACUUAUUUAAUUAUUUCUCUUUGCUUGUCUGUCAUUGAUUACUACCCCGGUGGGGGGGGGCGGUGUGUGUGAUCCCUUAAUAUAUCAACUUAUUUGCGUGAACAUGUAGAAAGAUAAAAGGAGGAUAAUAAUUUGUCCUGAUCCAAAAACAAAAAUCUGGUAAUCCAUGUAAAAAUUAAGAGAGACUGAAUAGAAGUGAAUUUCUCCCCCGCAAAAAACCUGGAAGCUCAGCCUUCCUGCUUCGUCCUUAUAUUCAAAAUUUGUAGGGUUGUUUCCUUGUAGGCCUUUUUUUUUUUUUAAACCAUGGCUUUUAAAAUCUUGAUUCAUAUCGCUCUGAGACCGUUCUUUCUUAAGCUGUUUGAAAUCAGUUAAGGCCUGUCAGUUUGCUUAGUUUUUACAAACAAUUUAACUUAGUAGUUGUAUUCAGCCAGAUCUCGUAUAAAGGAGAAUUGUCUCUCUAAAGAAGGGUUUUUUUAAUUUUUAUUUUUAAAAGGAACAUGUAUUUGAAUCCAUGGCCAAGCAGCAAACCUUGUUCUCUACAUAAGAACAGCCCUGCUGGAUCAGGCCCAAGGCCCAUCUAGUCCAGCAUCCUGUUUCACACAGUGGCCCACCAGAUGCCGCUAGAAGCCUACAGGCAGGAGUUGAGGGCAUGCCCUCUCUCCUGCUGUUACUCCCCUGCAACUGGUACUCAGAGGCACCCUGCCUCUCUGUUUCUCUUCCUUCCUCUCCAAACGCACAAAAUAAAGGUUAGGCUUGGUGCUUCUGCUGGGGAGCAAGAACACCUCACAAAGAAUGGCAUUCUGAUAUUGGUGUUUUUGUUUUUGUUCGGAAUGGAACAGAUACGACAGCAACCAGUCAGCUGCCUUGGUCUGUACCUCAGCUAGAGCUGCAGACCUCAGUAUACACACACACCUUUUCAGCUAUCUUUGGGUGCUGAUUUUUUUAAAGCGAUGCCUUACUUACUUUCUACUAAUUGUGUUUGAAUUCCAUUAGUGCUGUAUAUGGUGGGUUUUUUUAAUUUAAACAAAACAGGGCUAUAGAAGUCAUCUCUUGGAGUACAAUAAUGUGAGUUGCUGUGAAUAUUGUUUGUAAUAACGAUACAAGAUUUCUUUCAUAUUUAAAUGUGACAGUAACUAAUGGAGGCAAAUGAGAGUGAGAGAGAAAUUAUUUUCAUAAUUUCCAUAUCAACCUGCAUCUGAUAAUUCAUUGUACAGUAGCUUAUCCAGUGAAGGGAGAAAAUUAAGGCAUUGUUUCUAUUAUAUGGAAUGCAUCACUGCUAAGCUAGGAGGAAACAAUGGAGUCUUUGGUUUUUAUAUUUGCAGGUAGAAUAUUUGCCACAGUUUUUAAAAGAGCAUGUUAGUCUUUGUGGGUUUAAUAUAAUGCAACAGAUGCAAGGUCAUGCUACCAGGACUUGGUUUACUGAGUUGGGUAGUUUUUAUAAUACCUCAGAAUUUUCUGCUUUCAAUGACAUGAACUUUAAUCUGAUGUCUUUUGAGCUUUUUGUGAACUUUGCUCCCACUGCAUUUUUCUAGUGUUGAUGCCUUUGAAAUAACAAUUUGCAGAAGGCACUCAAUUGGGUAUUAAUUAGUCUAAAAGAUCUCUUGACUGUUUCCUUGUAACAAAAUAGAAAAGGGUUAUUCAGCUAACUUUCUUAAUUUUAAUCUGGGUACUGAAAAUGAGCACCAUUAUCCAGAAUUUUAGGCAGAUCAAACCAAUAUGCUAGAAGGGAAGUAGUUUUUCAGUACCUUUUCCACUUAAAAGCACUGAUUAUGGGGAACAGGUAUGAAAGGUUUCCCAGGUCAAGAACUCCCUCUUUCGUGAUUUUCUAUCAUAGAAAAGGGUUCUAGCCUAGACUUUCCCGGUUAUGUUGCCUUUUCACUUGCAGGGAGUUCUUUGCUUAGAGGGAGCAUUCAAAUAUGAAAACCAUCUACAUUAUCGAUUUCUCUUAAUAAAGAGUCCCAGGAGAAUUGUACCACAUGCUUUUUCUAAAUGUUUGAAUUAAUUUGUUGUGCCAAUAGAGAAGAAUCUGGCCUUCUUCUUCCAACAUAGUGCUUUUCUUCAUAGAAAUCCAUUGGUAUUUCUUUGUGUAUAUUCCUAUACAUGAAUAAUUUUGAAGGAAAAGUAUCCCUGCUGUUUCUUCCUCACAAAACCUACUUUAAAAUGUAUAAGGAUGGUCAGUUCUGGUGUCAUGGCUUCCUUGUGUGCCCCUUCAUAGUAAUAAUUAGGGAUGUGCAAAGUAUUUCGAGCUUAAAAUGAGCUCUUUCGAGUGUUCUGAGCUUGAAACAAAACACCCUUAAAAUAAAGGGCCUGUUUUGAGUGUGAAACAAAAUGACCCCAUUUUGAAACAUUCUGAGUGCCAUUUUGGAGGGCUGUUUUUCAGGGGAGAGUUUGUCUACCAAUUGGAGUCUGUGGGUAGACCAGGCCUCCGCUCUGGACUUAAAGCACCAGCUUGCCUUGGAGGACUGUUCUGCUGCAUAGACCAGCCCUCCGAGGUGAGUCAACGCACCAAGUCCAGAGCCCAGGCCUGGUCUACCCACCAACCCCAAUCAGUAGACCAGCUCUCCCCAGAAAAACAGCCCUCCAAAAUGGCACUCGAAACAUUUCAAGUUUGUUUCAUCGAAACAGCCUGUUUGGCCCCUGUUGCGACGAAACAUUUUGAGCAUUUUGUAUUUCAUUUCAAGCUCAAAACAAAUGCAGAAUCCAUUUCAUACACAUCCCUAGAAAUAAUUUCAGAAGCACUCUGCUGGAAAAAGACUUCUCACAGAGACCCACUGUUCUGACCUCAGGGGGGACUAGUUGAUAAACUACAUAUUUCUACAUUUGCAGUUUGAACCCCAUGGAUGUUGUGAUGUGAGAAACCUUCUUCUUAGAUUUGGAGACUUGCAGAUUGCCUAAAUUUGUACCCAUACUAAUAUGAUAGUUAGCAACCACUCACAUGGAACCCUCUGCACUCCUAACAGGCAAAAUAUUCCUCUGUAGAAAUUGGGAACUUCUGUCUCCUAAGUCUGCUUUUUUCCAAGAGUAGAGUUAGGUAAUUGGUGUUUUCCCCCCAUUGCACACUGAUUUGGCCAGGGAGGUGUUUGCAUGGUAGAAUCUACAUGGAACUGUGUAUUAUGCAUUCAUUCACCCUUUGAUCAUCUUUGCAGCUGCCAUGUUUUUAAUGUGCAACGUUAUAGAAUCUUGCUUGAAGGCAUGGUGGUUGUGCAGCUGAUUGUGCCUUGACUCGCCCCUUCUGUGGUUCUUGGGGAAAGUGCAUCCUAAGUCACAAGGUUCCCGUCUCCUUGCUUUUUAUCUGCUAAGAGCUUGUUUGAAGCAAACCACCUUCUGGUGUUCCAGACAAGGAUACCUUUUCCUUGUGAACAUGGGCAUUGUGGAAUAGCUUCCUACACCUUUGACUUAUACAUGGAAACACUUCAGGAUUCUAUUCACCCUACCCAAAAUGGCAACUGACCCUAGCAAUAAAAGCGUUCUGCAGAUACAUCUGGAUAUGUGGCUUACAUAGUCUUUGAUUGUGCCUCAAGGGCUAAAUCAUACAAGGGAAUUCAUGCUGUUCAGGGUUCUUUUUUGUUUUGUUUUUUAAACAUAUAUAUAUGUGAGAACUCUUUCUACAGUGUAUGUACAUGCAUUUUCCAGUAAAGUAUCCCUGCCACAAGUGAUUGCUGUGAAAAUGUAAUGUAUGAAUGUGCACACUUCAACAGGCUUCAGUUUGAUUCCAUAUGAACAUAUUCUGCUAGAUUUCAGAAACAAAAGAUGUGGUUUAUAAAUCAAAGCCACGCACUUCCCGAUUCCAACCAUUUCCUGGCAGGUGAUGUACAGACUUGAGCCAAAGGCUCUGUCAAUAAUGACAGAGAAGUAUAAUUUUGCAAAAUGAUGCAUGGAUGGAACUGAUCCUUCCAGAGAAAUGGCUGGAUAAAUUUUCUUGUGCUGAGCUUUUCGUGUACAUGUACAGCUGACUGGAUUUGGGAGCAUUACAUUUUCACAGAUAUCAGGGUACAGGAAUUGUUCGUAAGAAAAAUAAAACUAUGGGAAAUAGCAUGGUCCAUUAGGUUUGGAUCUGAGCUGAUUUCACUCCACAACCCCCAUUGCCUUGGAAUAGACUUCAUACAUGUGUUGGAUAUUCUGUUUGUUUUUCCUGCAUCACCUGUUGCCACAAACAGAAAAGGAAUUCUAUCUUUUAUUGCUCUCUAAUAGUUGAGUCACUGAAAAAUAAUGAAAUGGGGGGGAAAUUUAAUUGUCACACAACUGCAGUGUCCUUUCUGAUACUUCGGAAAGCAGGGUUGCCUGUUAUGCACAUUUCUUGCCUAAUUCAUCUUUUCAGGAUAGAUGAACUGUACACCUACCCUACCCUUUAGAAAGACUUAAUGCUUUAUUGAGAUUGCUUCAUUCCAUGCUCCCCCAACCCCCCAAGCCUGCAUGAUUUCUGCUUCUUUCCUCUUUUUUUAAAAAAGUACAAUACUCUAUGCAACAUAUGUGUUAGGUUAUAUAUUGAGAGCAUACACAUUUUUCCUUUCACAAUUGCCAAGAAUUGUACGUCAUGAAUCAGAUAUUUGAUACACUUUAUUUUUCAUUUUAGGUGAUGGUGCAGAGAUGGGGAAGGUUUGGCUAGCCUUUUUUGUUUGUAUAUUUUGGAAAAGAGAAAAAAAUAUCUCUAUGAUAUUGCAUUGUUGAUGCUUAACAUUUUGAUAUUCUGUGUCUUGAACUUUGUCUAAAUGUGGCAAUUCUCUUUUAAGGAAAAUAAAAGGAAAAAAAAACAAAAAAAAUGUGGAUAUUAAAUGGAAGGUUGCUGUUUUGAUCUAGUUGUUUCCAGUGGAACCAUUUAUGAGAAAAGUUCUCUAAGAUGUACAUUUUUUCAUUGUAACAUAGAAAUGUAAAUAUUUGAUUACAAGUGCUGCAUUUUGAUGAAUUUUUUCUAGCCAUUUUUAAAGAGAAAAACUAGGGCUUGAGUAUUUUGUGUACAGUAUGAUUUUUUUCCACCUCCCUAUUUAAUUUUCUGUUACCAUUUAGGAUUGGAAUUUGCAAAUGAUCUAUUUGAGAUCAUGCCUCCUUCUGCCUUGCCCUUACCUCUCUCCCCUGUCCCAUGUCAUGGAGAAUAAAGCUAAUGAUUGUACCAGUCUUAAAUUAUUCACGAUUCAAUAAAUUUGAUGCUUAUUUAUUCAAA